GCCCCCGGCGGCAGCUGCGACGGCUCUGGCGGGGAGAGCCGGGUUGGCCGCAGCUGGGACCAAACGCACGGUCCCUCUCUCGCCGGCUCCUGGCUGUGCCGCGUGCACGCCCGCGCGGGGACCCGCUGCCGGGAUUGCCCUCGGAGGAGGCUCCUCGACCCGCCUUUUAGGAAAGUGCCUCCCCAGCCUGCAGCGCGCACGCCCCCUCCCCUCUUUCUAGGCACCGCGCGCUUUCGUUUUUGUUUUUUGUUUUUUUCCGCGAAGUAACUUUUGCAUUCCCGCCUCCCCCGAGUCCUGGGGACCAGAGGCGGUGCCGAGCCUGGGGGCGGUUCCUUGGCAGCGUAGAUUCUUGUCAGAGCCAGACUUUUGCUCCUGGGCUCGGUUUGCAUCAUCCCCAUCACACCCUCAGGAGAGAGGAUCCAGCCCCCUUUCAGCCUCAGCUUCCGGCUCGGAGCGGACCCCUCCCCCUCCCAGGCCCCUUCCCCUUCCCCGUCCCUCUCCGGACCACGCAUCUUGCUAGUCCCCUCCCUCUACUCCGCAGAAUUUUCUUUUUCUCUCCCUCCACUCCUCUGUUCGUCGUUUUCUGUUUCCCACUCUUUGAGGAAGGAUGGUUGAUUUGGAGAGCGAAGUGCCUCCUCUGCCUCCCAGGUACAGGUUUCGGGAUUUGCUGCUAGGGGACCAAGGAUGGCAAAACGACGACAGGGUACAAGUUGAAUUCUAUAUGAAUGAAAACACAUUUAAAGAGAGACUAAAGUUAUUUUUUAUCAAAAACCAGAGGUCAAGUCUAAGAAUUCGUCUAUUCAAUUUUUCUCUCAAAUUAUUAAGCUGUUUAUUAUACAUAAUCCGAGUGCUACUAGAAAACCCUUCACAAGGAAAUGAAUGGUCUCAUAUCUUUUGGGUGAACAGAAGUCUACCUUUAUGGGGCUUACAGGUUUCAGUGGCAUUGAUAAGUCUAUUUGAAACAAUACUACUUGGUUAUCUCAGUUAUAAGGGAAACAUCUGGGAACAGAUUUUACGAAUACCCUUCAUCUUGGAAAUAAUUAAUGCAGUUCCCUUCAUUAUCUCAAUCUUCUGGCCCUCCUUAAGGAAUCUGUUUGUCCCAGUCUUUCUAAACUGUUGGCUUGCCAAACAUGCCUUGGAAAAUAUGAUUAAUGAUCUGCACAGAGCCAUACAGCGUACCCAGUCUGCAAUGUUUAAUCAAGUUUUGAUUUUAAUAUCUACAUUACUAUGCCUUAUCUUCACUUGCAUUUGUGGAAUCCAACAUCUCGAACGGAUAGGAAAGAAGCUGAAUCUCUUUGACUCCCUUUAUUUCUGCAUUGUGACAUUUUCUACUGUGGGCUUUGGGGAUGUCACGCCUGAAACCUGGUCCUCUAAGCUUUUUGUUGUUGCCAUGAUCUGUGUUGCUCUUGUGGUUCUACCCAUACAGUUUGAACAGCUGGCCUAUUUGUGGAUGGAGAGACAAAAGUCAGGUGGAAACUAUAGUCGACAUAGAGCUCAAACUGAGAAGCAUGUUGUUCUGUGUGUCAGUUCACUGAAGAUUGAUUUACUUAUGGACUUUUUAAAUGAAUUCUAUGCUCACCCAAGACUUCAGGAUUAUUAUGUGGUGAUUUUGUGUCCUACUGAAAUGGAUGUGCAAGUUCGGAGGGUACUGCAGAUUCCAAUGUGGUCACAAAGAGUUAUCUACCUUCAAGGCUCAGCCCUUAAAGAUCAGGAUCUGUUGAGAGCAAAGAUGGAUGAUGCUGAGGCCUGUUUUAUUCUGAGCAGCCGUUGUGAAGUGGAUAGGACAUCAUCUGACCACCAAACAAUUUUGAGAGCAUGGGCUGUAAAAGAUUUUGCUCCAAAUUGCCCUUUGUAUGUCCAGAUAUUGAAGCCUGAAAAUAAAUUUCAUAUCAAAUUUGCUGAUCAUGUUGUUUGUGAAGAAGAGUUUAAAUACGCCAUGUUAGCUUUAAACUGUAUUUGCCCAGCAACAUCUACACUUAUUACACUUCUGGUUCAUACCUCUAGAGGGCAAGAAGGCCAGCAGUCACCAGAACAGUGGCAGAAGAUGUAUGGUAGAUGCUCUGGCAAUGAAGUAUACCACAUUGUUUUGGAAGAAAGUACAUUUUUUGCUGAAUAUGAAGGGAAGAGUUUUACAUAUGCCUCUUUUCAUGCGCACAAAAAGUUUGGCGUCUGCUUGAUUGGUGUUCGGAGGGAGGAUAAUAAAAACAUUUUGCUGAAUCCAGGUCCUCGAUGUAUUAUGAAUGCUACAGAUACAUGUUUUUAUAUUAAUAUUACCAAAGAAGAGAAUUCAGCAUUUAAAAACCAAGACCAGCAGAAAAAAAGCAAUGUAUCAAGGUCAUUUUAUCAUGGACCUUCUCGAUUACCUGUACAUAGCAUAAUUGCCAGCAUGGGUACGGUGGCUAUAGACUUGCAAGACACAAGCUGUAGAUCAACAAGCGGCCCCACCCUGUCUCUUCCUACAGAGGGAAGCAAAGAAAUCCGAAGACCUAGCAUUGCCCCCGUUUUAGAGGUUGCAGAUACAUCAUCUAUUCAAACAUGUGAUCUUCUAAGUGACCAAUCAGAAGAUGAAACUACACCAGAUGAAGAAAUUUCUUCCAACUUAGAAUAUGCUAAAGGCUACCCACCUUACUCUCCAUAUAUAGGAAGUUCACCCACUUUUUGUCAUCUCCUUCAUGAAAAAGUGCCAUUUUGCUGCUUAAGACUAGACAAGAGUUGCCAGCAUAACUACUAUGAGGACGCAAAAGCCUAUGGAUUCAAAAAUAAGCUAAUUAUAGUUGCAGCUGAAACAGCUGGAAAUGGAUUGUAUAAUUUUAUUGUUCCUCUCAGGGCAUAUUAUAGACCAAAGAAAGAACUUAAUCCCAUAGUACUGCUAUUGGAUAACCCGCCAGAUAUGCAUUUUCUGGAUGCAAUCUGUUGGUUUCCAAUGGUUUACUACAUGGUGGGCUCUAUUGACAACCUAGAUGACUUACUCAGGUGUGGAGUGACUUUCGCUGCCAACAUGGUGGUUGUGGACAAAGAGAGUACCAUGAGUGCCGAGGAAGACUACAUGGCCGAUGCCAAAACGAUUGUAAAUGUGCAGACCCUUUUCAGGUUGUUUUCCAGUCUCAGUAUCAUCACAGAGCUUACUCACCCAGCCAACAUGAGAUUCAUGCAAUUCAGAGCCAAAGACUGUUACUCUCUUGCUCUUUCAAAACUGGAAAAGAAAGAACGAGAGAAAGGUUCUAAUUUGGCCUUUAUGUUUCGACUUCCUUUUGCUGCUGGGAGGGUGUUCAGCAUCAGUAUGUUGGACACACUUCUGUAUCAGUCAUUUGUAAAGGAUUAUAUGAUUUCUAUCACCAGACUUCUGUUGGGAUUGGAUACUACACCAGGAUCAGGGUUUCUUUGCUCUAUGAAAAUCACUGAGGAUGACCUAUGGAUCAGAACUUAUGCCAGACUUUACCAGAAGUUGUGCUCUUCUACUGGAGAUGUUCCCAUUGGGAUCUACAGGACUGAGUCCCAGAAACUUACUACAUCUGAGUCUCGAGAAAUAGCAUCACAAUCUCAAAUAUCUAUCAGUGUAGAAGAGUGGGAAGACACCAAAGACUGCAAAGAACAAGGUCAUCACCGAAGCAACCACCGCAACUCAACAUCCAGCGACCAGUCAGACCAUCCCUUGCUGCGGAGAAAGAGCAUGCAGUGGGCCCGAAGACUGAGCAGAAAAGGUCCAAAACACUCUGGUAAAACAGCUGAGAAAAUAACCCAGCAGCGACUGAACCUCUACAGGAGGUCAGAAAGACAAGAGCUUGCUGAACUUGUGAAUAAUAGAAUGAAACACUUGGGUCUUUCUACAGCGGGAUAUGAUGAAAUGAAUGAUCAUCAAAGUACCCUCUCCUACAUCCUGAUUAACCCGUCUCCAGAUACCAGGCUAGAGCUGAAUGAUGUUGUAUACUUAAUCCGACCAGAUCCGCUGGCAUACCUUCCAAACAGUGAACCCAGUCGAAAAAACAGCAUCUGCAAUACCACAGGUCAAGACUCUCGGGAGGAAACUCAACUUUGAUAAAAAGAAAAUAAGAGACCUUUUUUUUUUUCCUACAAGAAUCUUGCUUAAACCGACUCUAAAUCUUAGGGGAAAAUAAGUGCUGCUGGCAUGAAAUAAACUCGAUCAGAAUAUA